AUGCAGUGGCUACCUAAUUUAAAAGAAAACAAUCCAAAUUAUAACAUUAAAGAUGAAUAUUCAAAGAUUGUCAAUCAACUUGGUGAGCCCCGUGAAAUUAUUAAAUUAAUACCAGAAAUAAAAAAUGAUAAUGCAAUAAUAGUUGGUGCAUCUGAUGCAAUUGAAUUGAAAAGAAAUAGUGAUAAUAAUCAACAUAUUGUUGCAUCAAGAGACAUUAAAUCUGGUGAAUUUAUUUACGUUUCUGAGCCAUUUACAGCAACUAUCACUAAUAAACUACGUUUUACAAAUUGUUGGCAUUGUUGUCGUCCAACUUACGCUGGUAUACCAUGUGAUAAUUGUCCAAACGUAAUUUAUUGUUCUGACAUAUGUAAAAAUAAAGCAUGGGAUAGUUAUCAUAGUACUGAAUGUUUAGUACUAGGACAUCUUUUAAAAUUUGACAAUAUUACACGAGGCUUUUUAUCAUCAGUUAAACUUUUUUUAAAGACACUGAACUCAGUUGGUGGACUAAUUGAAAUAAAAAAAAAAAUUGACAAUAUUGACUCAAUGGAAAAGAAAGAAUUAAUAUUUACCAAUGGAAUUCUUGAUUUUAAUACUAUCGAUAAUUUUCUUCGUCUUGAUUAUUUUAAAGCAACAUCAACUGAGUGUACUUUUGAAUUUGCAUCAUUUGUGGUAUUGAUUGUUACAAUCUUUGGUCACAAAACAGAUAUAUUUGGUAAAAAAAUGACAAUGAAAGAUUUGAUUAAUUAUAAAAAUGAAAAACUAUUAAUUUUGGGAGAAUUAUUAUUGCGUUUUUUACUAACUGUUCAUCGAAGUGGUCAAUCGUUCAUAGCUCAUGGUGAUGAUGAAUGGUCGAGUGUCAUGUUACCAUCUUUAAAGAUAAUAAAAUCAAGCUGUGAUCCUAAUGUCGAUUGGACUCAUGUAGGUUCAAAUGUUGGGUAUUUUGCUCUGAAACCAAUUAAGCAAGGAGAACCGAUCCUCGAGAGUAUUUUCGGUCCAUAUCAUAUAGAAUCUAAAACUAAACGAUAUAUUGGAUUUGGAGAUGACAGUAAUGAUCCUCUAUCAUGUGAAUGUACAGCAUGUGUUGAAAAUUGGCCAACGAUUGAACAUCUUCCAUCAUACCAGAAUAUGACACUUUCGACAAGAAUCAAAAGACAAUUAAAUCGUAUGAUGCCGAAACUUGAAGAAUGGCAAAAGCUCAUCAAGCAGGGAGAUCCUAAAAAAUUAUUAACAAUUAAGGAUGAGUUGAAUACCACGAAUGACAUAUUUCAUCAAUACAUCACUAUCCCUUGCAGAGAAAUAUCACAAUUGUAUAUAUUACUCAAAUCGUUGUUCAUUCAACUGCAUACUGUUUAUGAUAUUUUCCAGUAAUUAUUUGCCAUCACAAAGAAAAAGCAACAUUCCACUUUAUAUAUUUUUUUACAUCGAUGUUUAUUUCAGCCAGAAAAAUAAACAAAUGAAAAUAUUAUU